ACCAUACAUUAGCUCAUGAACCAACACUACCACUAUUUGCUUAUGAAAGUCAAUGCCUUUUCUGACUUCAACAGAGAGAGAGAGAGAGUGGUUUCUUGGAUUCCUUCUUCAUUCUCUGGUUUUCCUUUUCGUACUUUCUUCUUCUUCUUCUUCUUCAAGUCAAUUUCGUUUCUUUACUCUUUUGUUCAAACCCUAAUCAAAAAGUUUCCAUUUUUAGAGUCUCUCUUCUAGGGUUUUCCUUAAAGAUCCUCUCUUUCUCUUCGACCCUUUCACCCGAAUCAUCAUCUCAUUCUCCAAAUGCAUUUCUCUCUGUGGAAGCAAAUCCACCACUGCGCCACUCUCAUCUUACACAAGAGCAAAAGCAGCCGAAGAAGAAGCCCCGAUUCCUCCCUCAACGCCACGAAAGAAGCUGCCUUGCUUCGGAAGCUCUACGAAGACAUGCUCAGGGAAGCUCUAGAGGAAGCCUCCGAGAACGGGUCCCUCCUCAAAUCCCAAACCAUCGACCAAGAAGAGAAUCAAGUGGGCCGCUCCAGAUCCUUAGCUAGACUCCACGCGCAGCGUGACUUCCUACGCGCCACCGCUUUAGCAGCCGACCAUGUCUACUCCUCAGAAGACUCCCUCCCCGACCUCCUCGAAGCUCUCGCCAAGUUCCUCGCCAUGUACCCCAAGUACCAAGCUUCAGACAAAAUCGACCAGUUGAGAUCUGACGAGUACAGCCACUUGUCAAGCUCAAGCUCAAAGGUAUGUCUAGACUACUGCGGGUUUGGUCUCUUCUCGUACGUUCAGACUCUCCACUAUUGGGACACGUGUACUUUCAGCCUAUCCGAGAUCACUGCUAAUUUAAGCAACCACGCGCUCUACGGUGGAGCAGAGAGCUCCACCGUGGAACAUGAUAUCAGAGCCAGGAUCAUGGACUACUUAAACAUCCCUGAGAGCGAGUACGGCCUCGUCUUCACCGUGAGCAGAGGCUCAGCUUUCAAACUCCUAGCCGAGUCCUACCCUUUCCAGACGAACAAGCGUCUUCUGACAAUGUUCGACCACGAGAGCCAGUCUGUUAACUGGAUGGCGCAGACUGCUAAGGAGAAAGGCGCCAAGGCGUACAACGCGUGGUUCAAGUGGCCGAGUUUGAAGCUUUGUUCGACCGAUUUGAAGAAGAGGCUGUCUUACAAGAAACGGAAGAAGAAAGACUCCGCGGUGGGGCUGUUCGUGUUCCCUGCUCAGUCGAGGGUGACCGGGGGUAAGUACUCUUACCAGUGGAUGGCUUUGGCUCAGCAGAAUCAUUGGCAUGUGUUGCUUGACGCUGGCUCUUUAGGUCCUAAAGAUAUGGACUCCCUCGGUUUGUCGUUGUUCCGUCCUGAGUUUAUUAUAACUUCUUUCUACCGUGUGUUUGGUCAUGAUCCGACGGGGUUUGGUUGUCUUUUGAUUAAGAAGUCAGUGAUGGGUUCUCUUCAGAGCCAGUCUGGUAAAACAGGUUCAGGAAUAGUGAAGAUCACUCCUCAGUAUCCGCUCUAUCUGAGUGAUUCAGUAGAUGGUCUUGACGGAUUAGUUGAUAAGACAGAAGAAGAAGCUCGUCGUCCGGCUUUCUCAGGAGCAUACACUUCAGCACAGGUGAACGAUGUGUUUGAAACAGAAGAUAACAUCUCUUCAGACAGAGAUGGGACUACCAGCACGACGAUUUUCGAAGAGACUGAGAGUGUUUCGGUUGGAGAGCUGAUGAAAAGUCCCGUGUUUAGUGAAGAUGAGUCGUCUGAGAACUUCUGGAUCGAUCUUGGUCAAAGCCCUGAUCAGCAUAAUAGCAACAAGAUUGUAUCUCCUCCAAUGCCACCGGUUUGGUUCUCCAAACAGAAACGUCACUCGCCUAAACCAGUGGUACCAAAGAGUUACAGUAAUCCUACAUAUGAUGGUUGUAGAGAAGUCCUCUCGUUCGACGCUGCUGUUAUGUCAGUUACAGAGAAAGGGACAAACACUGCACCUUUGAGGAGUUCUGGUGGUUCAUCAGAGAUCAAAGAGAGCGCGAUUAGACGAGAGACAGAAGGAGAGUUCAGGUUGCUAGGAGGGAGAGACGGAGGUAGAAGCAGGCUUUUAGGUGUGGAGGAUGAACACACAAGCAAAGGAAGAAGAGUUUCGUUUAACGUGGACCAUAUUAGUCAUAGUGUAGUAGAGCCUGGUGAAGCCUCUCUAGCUAGUGUUUACGAUGACGAGUACAAUCACACUAGUGAUGAGGAGGUUGCUGAUGAUGAAUGGGAUAGGAGAGAGAACGAGACAGAGAUUGUUUGCAGACAUAUCGACCAUGUGAACAUGCUUGGUCUUAAUAGAACAACGACCAGGCUCAGGUUUCUGAUAAACUGGCUUGUGGUGUCGUUACUGCAGCUACAAGUGGCUGAACCAGGAGGUGGAAGGAGCAUGAGCCUUGUGCAAAUAUACGGACCAAAGAUCAAAUACGAAAGAGGGGGAGCGGUUGCGUUCAACGUUAGAGAUAGGAGCAAAGGUUUUGUUAGUCCAGAGAUUGUUCAGAGACUGGGUGAGAGAGAAGGUAUAUCUUUAGGGAUUGGUAUACUGAGUCACAUACGCGUGGUGGAUGAUGAUAAUAAACAUAGAAGCCAUAGAGGGAGGAGUAGAGAAGAUAGUGGUGGUUUGAACUUGCCGAGUGAAGCUGGGAGGAACGGGUUUAUAAGAUUUGAGGUUGUGACAGCUUCUCUUAGCUUCUUGACGAACUUUGAAGAUGUUUACAAGCUUUGGGGGUUUGUAGCAAAGUUUUUAAACCCUGGUUUUGGCAGAGAAGGUUCGCUUCCUACUGUUGAAGAAGAAGAAGAUGCAGAGGACUCAGAGACGUAGUAGAGUUUGGUAGUAGAAAUGGACAAAGCUUGUUGAUCUAAAGAUUCUGCUUUUGUUAGUGUUUUUGGUUUGGGUGAGAAUUGAGAAACAAGAGUUACAGAAAGAUUCAGAAACACGUAGCACUUAUUUUAAUUACUACAAAACUGAUUCAGAUCAAUAUAUACAUCCAGAUUCUUUA